CCUGAGCUGUGAGGCACCGUGGCCUGUGUCGCGUCGGCGAGGUCUCCAUCCGCUCUGGGCUCUCAGUUUGCCGACCUCGGUGGUGGGGGGGAGUUUGGCAUCGCAUCGCGCCACCGUUGAGCCACAAGGCGGAGGCUGUGGGAUCUCAAGGGUCGGGGUUGGUUCGUCGUCUGCGUUAAGCAUCCUACUUGCUGUGUUGCAGGGAUGGAGAGGCCCAAACUGUUGCCGGUGCAUGGAGUCCCCAUGCUGGACUUUAUAGCGAGGGACUGGAGCCUGGUGGAGUCAUUUAAAGCCAGGCCCGGAGAUGUCCUGAUAGCAACUUACCCCAAGGCGGGCACCACGUGGACCCAGGAGAUCGUGGAUCUGAUUCAGAGCGGAGUGGACGUGGAACACUGCAAACGUGUCCCCGUGUACGAGAGGAUCGUCUUCAUGGAGUGGACGGGCAUAAAUUUCGUGAUGCAUCGCAAAGGAGUGGAGGUGCUGAAUGAUAUGCCGUCUCCUCGCACGAUUAAGACUCACCUGCCCUACCAGCUGAUGCCUUCCUCAUUUUGGGACAACGAUUGCAAGGUGAUCUACAUCGCACGUAACGCCAAGGACAACGCCGUAUCCGCCUUCCACUUUAACCGAAUGAACAAGUUGCAUCCGGAGCCCGGCACCUGGGAGGAAUACCUGCAUCGUUUCAUGACCGGCAAUGUGUGCUGGGGCUCGUGGUAUGAUCAUGUGACCGAUUGGUGGAACAUGAGGGAGCGACACCGGAUUCUCUACCUCUUCUUCGAGGACAUGAAGGAAGACCCCAUGCGUGAGGUGUCCCGCAUUGCUCGCUUUCUGGAGCGGCCACUGUCCGAGCAGCAGCUGCGUGAGGUGGUGAAGCUCACCUCCUUCCCUGUGAUGCGUGACAACCCCAUGACGAAUUACAGCACCUUGCCCACCGACUUCUUGAACCACUCCGUGUCGCCCUUCAUGCGCAAGGGGGAUGUGGGUGACUGGAGGAAUCACUUCUCUGCUGCUCAGCUGGAGGCCUUUGAGCAGGACUACAAAAAGAAAAUGGCCACCACUGACCUGCGCCUGAGGGACAGCCUGCCCUGAAGGCCCGCAUCUCUCCCUCUGCUCCUGAAUGUAUCCAUUGACUGAUUUGGGUUAAAGUAAUGAUAUAAUAAUACUAAUUUCACGUAAUAUAUAGCAUCGUUCAUGUUGAUUUCAUCCCACAACGCUGUAAAAUAAUUAUAUUCAUAAUCGCAUUUAUGGCUAAAUCCUAUUUAAACUAAUUAUUAAGUAAAGGAAAAAGACUCAGAAAAUAAAUAAUUAGGGUUGCCGCUCUCUGAGUCAUUAAUAAAAUCAGAACACGUCAUGGGGAAGGAGAAGGCAAUCUCACAAUUCCAAAAGGGGUGAGAAAUGCAAGUAAAUACCUUUUUUGAGCAGCGUAAUAUUAUUAACAUGCAAUUGACUCCCAAUUUGAUCAUCGAUUAUCUGGAUGAAAACAGCAUGUUAUGUAAGAAUGUGCAAAAAUUCGCUAUUUUAAGUAAUGAUUAGUAGUGAUUAUUUGGCGUAUUUUUUAAUCUGGUGCCCCCUUCCCCCCAAGCUGUAUGUGACCUUUAACUUCCCUGGGAAGAAUUACAGAUUUCCUUGGACAGAUACCUCAACAAAACUAGAGUGGCAACUCUAGUUUUUCACUGGACAAUCUGAAUUUGAUCCAUACGUUUACAUUUUUAUAUUGAUUUGAUUUUCUUUGAUUUGGUGUGCACCUGGUUUAAUCUGUGAUCGUUUGAGCUGGCUUUUUUCAUCUACUCUUGAUUCAUCUGGGUAUGAUCUGGACUUUGUUCAUUUGUAUCUGUUACAUCUCGGAAAACACACAGAUUUAAAUAAUGUGGCUUCACUCAACUCACCUGUGCAGCGUUCAUAUUCAGACGAUACUCACUUUGGUUGCUACGAGACAGGAUAGCACGAGUUCACUAUCUGGUGGUGAAGCAUAAAAGCUGAUUGAGUGAAAAGUCAUCGCAUAGUGAUGUCAAAUUCAGUCACGAAUUCUGAUUUGUUCUUGUAAAAAGCUUUAUUAGUCAUAAUCAAAUCACCAGUUUGGAGCGUACAAAUAAUAUAAAUUUAUAAACGUGAUAAUCACUUUUCGAUUUAAGAGAAUUAUUUUAUUAUGUUUUAUUUUUAUUAUUUUAUUAUUUCCCUUCUACGUGACUUUACCGAAAGAACCAAGAAGGUGAUAAUCACUAUCAAGUUGUGCGUGGCUACAAAAAGUUGCGUUUUAAGGGUUAAUUAAUAUGUACCACCAACCACGAAAUUAGCGAUACAAAUAUUCAACGAAGUAGUGCUUUUAGUCAAAAAGACUGAGUGAGACGCAAAUCAUCAAACGUGAUGAUGACUAAGACUACUGUCCACAAAGAGAAAUACAAAGAUCCUCCAUAUCGCCUUGAAAGAAUGUUGGGGCAAGUACCAUUAGCGAGUCGCACCAAUGAAGGCCGGAACAGCACACGAGGGGGUGGGUGGGUGGCAAGCACCACGCCCGGCUGCUUUGGUCUCCCCAGUGGCGAUGUUAACACAUUGCACCAGAUACUCAUUUGGGGCUGAGUCGACAAAGGGGAGGCCUAUAACCGGUUCAGAUAAUGUUGUUUUCCAUGAGCAGGAAUCAAAAUCAGUUCGCCAGGUUCGUAGCGCAGCAUGCAAACCACUGCACUACCGCUCCCCACUACUACUGCCAACACCAUCAUCAUCAAAACAUCGUCACCACUACAAUAUCACUACCACUCCUACCAUCAUCAUCUUUACUAUCACUAACAUUAACACUAGCAUCACCAACAUCAUUUCCAUGUACGUACUGGUGGAAUUUUUACCUGGUAUAGAUACAAUGGGAGGCUCAUGGAUCCCUCUGCAUGAGUAUAUUGGUCUCUGUGUGAGUCUAUGGGUCUCUGUGUGAGUCUAUGGUUCUCUGUGUAACUGUAUGGGUCUUUAUGUAAGUCUAUGGGUUUCUGUUUGAUUUUAUGGGAUUCCAUUUGAUUCUAUAGAUCUCUGCGUGAGAAUAUGCGCAUUGGUGUGAUUCUAUGGGUCUCUGUGAAUGUUGAACUUUUGUUGCACCGUGCGUAAACAACUGUGCUUAUCGAAGGUGCGGGGCAAAUGACAACAAACUAAACACAAAAAGAUGUUAUAAAUAGAUGAGUUUGUCAAUCUAGAUUAUUUAAGUGCAUAGCUCAAAUGUAUUUCUAAUAUCGGAAGGAAUAUGUUUCUAGACGGUCACAGGAGUGCAUCUGAAAACGCUCGGUGCAGUGACCACCUUUGUUCGAUAACUAGCCAAAAGCCGCUGCUUAUGCAAGGAUAUCCAGAGUUUGCUUAAUGAUUUAUGCUCCUUGACGAGAUUAGCAAGGUGUUGUGGUUUAUUUGUGGCAAGUACUUUGUGCGUGUGUAACAAGUGCGACCUUCAACAACAACAACAACCGCCAUUUGCCACUAAGUGCCAGGCUAUAUACAGUGAGGGAAAAAAGUAUUUGAUCCCCUGCUGAUUUUGUACGUUUGCCCACUGACAAAGAAAUGAUCAGUCUAUAAUCUUAAUGAUAGGACUAUUUGAACAGUGAGAGACAGAAUAACAACAACAAAAAUCCAGAAAAAAGCAUCUCAAAAAUGUUAUAAAUUGAUUUGCAUUUUAAUGACGGAAAUAAGUAUUUGACCUUCUCUCAAUCAGAAAGAUUUCUGGCUCUCAGGUGUCUUUUAUACAGGUAACGAGCUGAGAUUAGGAGCACACUCUUAAAGGAAGUGCUCCUAAUCUCAGCUUGUUACCUGUAUAAAAGACCUGUUCACAGAAGCAAUCAAUCAAUCAGAUUCCAAUUUCUCCACCAUGGCCAAGACCAAAGAGCUCUCCAAUGAUGUCAGGGACAAGAUUGUAGACCUGCACAAGGCUGGAAUGGGCCACAAGACCAUCGCCAAGCAGCUUGGUGAGAAGGUGACAACAGUUGGUGCGAUUAUUCGCAAAUGGAAGAAACACAAGAACUGUCAAUCUCCCUCGGCCUGGGGCUUCAUGCAAGAUCUCACCUCGUGGAGUUGCAAUGAUCAUGAGAACGGUGAGGAAUCAGCCCAGAACUACACGGAAGGAUCUUGUCAAUGAUUUCAAGGCAGCUGUGACCAUAGUCACCAAGAAAACAGUUGGUAACACACUACGCCGUAAAGGACUGAAAUCCUGCAGCGCCCACAAGGUCCCCCUGCUCAAGAAAUCACAUAUACAUGCCCGUCUGAAGUUUGCCAAUGAACAUCUGAAUGAUUCAGAGGACAACUGAGUGAAAGUGCUGUGGUCAGAUGAGACCAAAAUGGAGCUCUUUGGCAUCAACUCAAUUCGCCGUGUUUGGAGGAGGAGGAAUGCUGCCUAUGACCCCAAGAACAUCAUCCCCACCGUCAAACAUGGAGGUGAAAAUGCUUUGGGGGUGUUUUUCUGCUAAGAGGACAGGACAACUUCACCGCAUCAAAGGGACGUGGACGGGGCCAUGUACCGUCAAAUCUUGGGUGAGAACCUUCUUCCCUCAGCCAGGGCAUUUAAAAAGGGUCGUGGAUGGGUAUUCCAGCAUGACAAUGACCCAAAACACACGGCCAAGGCAACAGAGGAGUGGCUCAAGAAGAAGCACAUUAAGGUCCUGGAGUGGCCUAGCCAGUCUCCAGACCUUAAUCUCAUAGAAAAUCUGUGGAGGGAGCUGAAGAUUCGAGAUGCCAAACGUCAGCCUCGAAACCUUAAUGACUUGGAGAAGAUCUGCAAAGAGGAGUAGGACAAAAUCCUUCCUGAGAUGUGUGCAAACCUGGUGGCCAACUACAAGAAAUGUCUGACCUCUGUGAUUGCCAACAAGGGUUUUGCCACCAAGUACUAAGUCAUGUUUUGCAGAGGGGUCAAAUACUUAUAUCCCUCAUCAAAAUGCAAAUCAAUUUAUAACAUUUUUGACAUGCGUUUUUCUGCAUUUUGUUGUUGUUAUUCUGUCUCUCACUGUUCAAAUAAACCUACCAUUAAAAUUA